GACGCCGCAACCAUCUUUGACAGCCUACAACCAAGAGGCGCAGAAAAGCGAAACCCAAAUAUGUCGGUCCUCCAAUGACUAUUUCACUCAUUUCCAGCAUGGUGGUUAUCAGUAUAACGCUGUGAUUGUGUAAUUUAGUUGCGGAAGGCUCGACACAUCGCAUUGCGAUAUGGAAACCCUGAUCCCCAUCAUUAACAGACUGCAGGAGGUUUUCCUCACACUUGGAGCAGAGAUUAUCCAGCUUCCUCAAAUCGUAGUGGUGGGAUCACAGAGCAGUGGAAAGAGUUCAGUGUUGGAGAGUUUGGUUGGACGAGACUUCUUGCCCCGAGGUUCAGGAAUAGUCACACGGCGUCCUCUAGUGCUGCAGCUGGUGAAUGUUCCCCCGCUGGAAGAGAGAAGAAAACAAGACAAUGGAAAUGGAGCUAAACAAAACUCUCAAAACAGCUAUCCAGGAAUCAAAGCGGAGGAAUGGGCAAUCUUCCUACACUGCAAAAACCAGAUUUUCACAGAUUUCACUGAAAUUCGGAAAGAGGUCGAGGAGGAAACAGAACGCAGUACUAACAAUAAGGGCAUCAGUCCAGAGCCCAUUUACCUGAAGAUCUAUUCCCCUAAAGUUCUCAGCCUGACUUUGGUGGACUUGCCAGGGAUCACUAAGGUUCCAGUUGGUGACCAGCCUGAGGAUAUCGAGACUCAAGUCCAGGAAAUGAUUCUGUCCUACAUCUCCAACCCCAACUCUCUCAUCCUCUGUGUGUCUCCAGCAAACUCUGACCUGGCCACAUCCGAUGCCCUCAAACUGGCACGUGAGGUGGACCCAGAUGGCCGUAGAACUCUGCUGGUUGUGAGUAAGCUGGAUUUAAUGGAUGCGGGGACAGAUGCUCUGGAGGUUCUGUUGGGUCGGGUCAUUCCGGUCAGACUGGGCAUUAUUGGUGUGGUGAACAGGAGCCAACAUGAUUUGAACACCCAGAAGAGCCUCGGCGACUCCUGUAAGGACGAACAGGCAUUCCUGCAGCGUCAUUACCCAUCGCUUGCCUCACGCUGCGGCUCGUGCUACCUGGCUCGCACCCUGAGCCGACUGCUCAUGCAUCACAUCAGGGACUGUCUCCCAGAGCUGAAGACACGCGUCACGGUGCUGACCUCCCAAUACCAGUCCCGACUCAACGGCUACGGGCAGCCUGUGGAAGACCACAGCUCCACCUUGCUUCAGAUAGUCACCAAGUUCGCCUCAGACUACUGCAACACUAUCGAAGGCACUGCCAGAUACAUUCAGACGUCUGAACUGUGUGGAGGAGCUCGUAUAUGUUACAUAUUCCACGAGACGUUCGGAAGAACCCUGCAGUCUAUUGACCCACUGGGAGGUCUCACCGAACUCGAUAUUCUCACCGCCAUCCGAAAUGCUACGGGACCUCGGCCAGCUCUGUUUGUUCCUGAGGUAAGUUUUGAGCUGCUGGUGAAGAAGCAGAUCAAGAGACUGGAGGAGCCCAGCAUGCGUUGUGUGGAGCUCGUCCACGAAGAACUGCAGAGGAUCAUUCAGCACUGCUCUGCCUACAGCACACAGGAGCUUUUGCGCUUUCCCAAACUGCAUGACUCAAUAGUGGAGGUGGUGACCAGCUUGCUCAGAAAACGCCUGCCAAUUACCAAUGAGAUGGUUCACAAUCUGGUUGCGAUUGAGCUGGCUUAUAUAAACACCAAACAUCCUGAUUUCACAGACGCUGCCCAGGUGUCUGCAUCCGUCAACAGCCAGCAGGUAGAUGCUGGGGAUACAGGGAAACGUUGGAAGAAUGACAAAAUUCCAUUGGAGGACAAAGGCCCUGUGCCCGGGUUUGGAAGCCCAACCAAAGCUGUUAACCUGUUGGACACGGCUGUGCCAGCAUCCCGCAAACUGAGCACCCGUGAGCAGAGAGAUUGUGAGGUCAUUCAGCGACUCAUCAAGUGCUACUUCCUGAUUGUGCGGAAGAGCAUUCAGGACAGUGUGCCAAAGACUGUGAUGCAUUUCCUGGUGAAUUAUGUGAAAGAGCAUUUGCAGAGUGAGCUGGUUGGACAACUCUACAAACAGGCACUGCUCCAGGAACUCCUCAUUGAGUCUCAGGAAACCGCUCAGCAGCGCACAGAGGUCGCACAGAUGCUGGAGGCACUCAAGAAAGCCAGCAACAUUAUCUCAGAGAUCCGAGAGACUCAUCUUUGGUAGCCAACGUUCUCAUGAACACGUCUCAGAAAAGUGUUUACAUGUCUGUGUGAGUGUAUGUUACAGGUCAAACACAUUAUAUAUAAAGACAUUCAAUGCCUCUGCCAACAAGAACAAUGUGUACAGUUUUUCAAAUCCUCUUUAUUUCUAUAUGCAUAGAAUCCCAUAAUUAUGUAUUUGACAGACGUCUGUGCUUAUGUGUUUAUACACGGAAGGUAAAUUUGUAAGCAUAUCAAGUCUAAGGCACUUUCUUCAGUUUUAUUGUUGGUAGGUUUUAGACAUUGCAUCAAAUAUUUCUUCAUUUAAAGGCCAAGAGCGGUUUUAUACCAAAUCCGUAAUUUUAUUCAUGCAAUCUCAUAAUUCUUAGCAAUGAGCAAUAUAAUUUUUCAGCAUUUAUAAAUCUUUGUUCAUGUUAGUUAAUGCCAUUAGUUCGCUGUGCAUUUUUAAUUAACAGUUACAAUUUUUAACGUUAAAAAUGUUUUGGUAAAUGCUGAAAUUAACAUAAAUUUAAGUUUAAUAAAUGCUGUAUUUUUUAUUGUUAGUUCAUGUUAGCUAAUGGGUUAGUUGAUGGGUUAGUACACACAAACACAACCUUAGUGUUAAGUGUUACCCAUGAUGUUUAUUUUUGAAAUAAUUAAAAAUAAUGUAAUUUAUGUUUUAUCAAAGUCAGCCAUACAUUUAUUUUCCUAGAAUUUCUACUUAUUUAUUAGACAUGGUCAAAUUGAAGGUUGUACGCUACAUGAGAACUUUUCACAUACAAUCAAUUUAUAUAGGCAGUAUGGGCUGAAAACAAACGCUCAGUAUAUUUGAUAAUGUGAGUAAGCUAAACACAAACAAGCUCCAUUGCACUGUUACAUUUAGGAUCAUUAAUGAGACAACCUGUGACUGAUGUCUAGACAUGGUGCAAAUAAGUGUAAAGAGCUGUAGGACAAAGAACCUUUGUGCUUAGCUGUGCUCUCGAAAGCUCAGAGGUGCCCGAGACUUGACUGCCAUGUAAUAUGCUUGUAUGAAUAUUUAUUGUAAGAGUGACUACGCCAGUGUCAGAGAAGGUCAGAUGAGGAACAAAGAAAUGAAAACGUUCUUUCCGAAUCGGUGCUUGAAGCAUUGAACACGGAGAAGAAAUGCCUUGUGUUCAAUGUCAUGAAAUUAAAACUGUACACAAAUUGUACACCGAAGAGGUCUGUGGAGGUGUAGACUAUUUGUUUGUUGUUCUGGUUGAAUUGCCAGUUAUAACUAUAUUGAACUGUGUGUGUGUGGAGGUGUAGGGGGGUACGACUUCAAUUUCAUUUGACUUUUAUUGCUGGGUGUUGCAUUAUUAGUGGAACAUGCCCUUAGAUGUGGUGGUGCGGAGGUGCAGGAUUUGUCUAUUUUUUGCUUAAAAAAGUCAACACUUUUAUGUCCUAAUCAGAUUAAUCAAAUUGAGAUUGAUGUUCACACGGACCCCAACUUUAAUGCUGUUGGUCACUAGUUGCUGACAUAAAGUAAAAUCAGCAGUGCAGGAUUGUCAGUCUUGUCAAUCAUAUCAAGAUAAAACUGUUUGAGAUUAAUUGGAUAACCAAUCAUCAAUGUGUGAAUUAAACUCAUUUAUGACAGUUUUUGAAAUGUUUUUGAAAUUAGUCAUUUUUCAUUAUAUUCCUGCACGAUAAUUGCCAAUUCUCAUUGAAAAAAAAUGACUUCUGAAAAUCGCUGCCAGUGUAAAUGGCCCCAUUAAAGAGAUAGGAUUUAUCGCUGCAGGGCUAAGUCAUGUUGUGUGUGUGAUUAGAACACAAUGUAAAGGUCUGGCUUUAUUUACUGACCCAUCAACAAUUAAAAAAAUAGACUAGAAAGCGAUUGAAAAGCCAUAGAACAAAAAAGAAUGACGGGUAUGAGUAAAAAUAUUAUAAACCUGUUUAUAUACGUUUAUCGGGUCAUGCAUCUUAUUUUGAAAAAAUAUUUCAAUGGAUGUGAUUCAUUGAAGAUUGCUGUUGUCUUGUAAAAAGGUCCUAUAGUGGAGUUAGAACUGUCAAAGAGUUAAAUCUACUAAAAGAAUUGAGUGAAGUAGGAACAGGAUUUUAAUGACCCCCAUUGCGAUCUCAUCUUAUAUUUAACCAUUAAAUAAUAAAAUGAAAUAAGAAAUUAUAUUAAAAUCUUAAAUUUUCCAACCAUUACACUUUUGUUAUUUUUCAUAUUAGUUCAAAAAUUUAAUGACAAUUUUACAUAAGCACCCCUUUUCUUUUUCUCAUUGUCAGUUGUUACUCGCAGUAUACUACCAUCCUGUAUAAAUGCAUCACAAUUUUACAGUAAUAGUAAUAGUACAGUACAGUAAUAGUUUAUUGUUACUGUUUUCACAUUACAGCAAUUAAGAGAAUUUGGGGUUAAAUGUGCUUCAUUGCAAAAUUUGACCUAUUGGCCCUUAAAACAUGAAAUAUUUUUUCCUUUUGAUUUUGUAAUGAUAUAUGAUCUGGAAAUGUUCUUUCAGCCUUAAAAUCCAACCCAGUCUCACGGCAGUUGUAAUUAUUGAUUCGUGUUCGUGGACACGAAUUUCCCCUUUUUUCUUGUCACUCGUGUACUUUCAAUACACAGAGCGUGUACAUUCAUAUAUUUAUAACCUGAUAUCAAAAGAAGUCAUACAUACUGUACAUAUUUUAGGAGGUGGCUAAACAACACCUUGCCUCACCGCAAACCCUAAAAUCACAGCCGCAAAGACUAAUUUUGCCAAAAAACGUGAGUUUCACAAGGUGGCAAAGCAACGAUAAAUGGCUACCCUAAUCCUGCCCCUAAACCUAACGUCACAGGGGCAAAGUCAAAUCAUAACAAACCAUACGAAUGAGAUUGUAGGAAAUAGAAAUUCACACGAAUGAGCCACCUUGUAAAAUAGGUUUGAAUUCCCGUCAGAUUGCAUUGAUAUAUAUUCAUACAAGAUACCGCAUAUUAAAAUAUGUUAGAUUGAAAGUCGUGCUGCGGGUGACAUGAAAAAAGGGGGAAAUUCGUGUCCUUGAACAUGAAUUUUACAGUUCGUGACAAUGUCACGAAUUCCCGUGAGAUUGUGUUGUAAAAUUAUGGUCUGUCCAAAAGUGACUUCACUCCCUUUGAAUCAAUCUCUCUUAAUCAGUAUGUACUGUAUGGUAAGGUAUGAACGUGUAGUAAGCUAUUCAAGUACUCAUUUAGCCUUCCUGUUAAGCAUGUUAUCAGAUCCAUAUGUGUUUGUGUAAAAGAGAGUAAUUGUACGUGUGAACUGUUGGAAUAACAUGCCAUUUCUUGAAGAAUGCCUAUAAGCGCCUGCCUGCCGUUUUAUUUUGUGAUACAUGUUCAUUCACUGUUUAAAAGAUCAUUAAAAUACAGACUGAAAACC